CAACUUUCUCAGAGACACUUUUUUUUUUCCAAGUUGGUGUUCCUUUAACAUAGACAGCUCUCCCCUUGUUUGUUGGUGUCUUAAGCAAGUAAGGCAUUGAAGGUAGAGGUCUUCACCAAACCACUUAGUUUUGUAGCUGAACCUUCAGCUUUAAAAUUUGGCCAACAAUUUUAGUUAAAAUGUGAAAUGGAAACUGUUGUGCUGAAAGGAAGAAUUAACUGGUCUUUCAACUUCAGCCUUUUUAUUGUGAGAAGGAAGAUCACAGAAGUGUUACCAUGGGGAGAACAGCAGCUAAAGAUUCAAAGAAUGUUAAAAAGGAGAAACAUGGGAAGAGUCAGCAGUCAAACAACGUGUCUUUAAAAAAUGAACACUUUAAGUGGGAUAAUUACUUGAAAGAGACUGGCUCGCUAGCUGCUCCUCCACAUUGUUUCAGACAGUCUAGGAUCCCACCUAGCAAUGAUUUCAAAGUUGGUAUGAAACUGGAAGCCCACGACCCACGCAAUGUUACCUCAGUGUGUAUAGCUACAGUAAUUGGAAUCACUGGUGCCAGAUUAAGGUUGCGGCUUGAUGGAAGUGACAACAAAAAUGACUUUUGGAGGCUUGUGGAUUCCUCUGACAUACAGCCAAUUGGGACCUGUGAAAAGAAAGGGGGGAUGCUCCAGCCGCCACUCGGUUUCCAGAUGAAUGCAUCAUCUUGGCCAAUGUUUCUGUUAAGAACACUAAAUGGCGCUGAAAUGGCACCUGCAGCAUUCUUCAAGAAGGAACCACCAAAACCUGCUCCAAACUAUUUUAAAGUUGGAAUGAAACUUGAAGCAGUAGACAAAAAGAACCCUUAUUUAAUUUGCCCAGCGACCAUCGGAGAUGUUAGAGGAGAUGAAGUUUUCAUUACAUUUGAUGGCUGGAGGGGAGCAUUUGACUAUUGGUGCAAAUAUGAUUCUCGAGAUAUCUUCCCAGUUGGAUGGUGUGGCUUAACAGGAGAUGCACUACAGCCACCAGGCAACAAUGUUUCCAUUACAAAAAGAGGUGCAAAAACCCAGUCUUCUCCCUCCAAAGUGACCCGGCGUUCAAUGCAGUCUCCACAGAAGUCUGCUCCAGUACCAGCACAAUGUGGCAGGAAAACAGGUCGGGACAACCCCCCUGGACAAUCUACAAUUCCUAGGAAGGGAAGAUCUCCUAAAACCAUUCCUCUGACAAAAAGCACCUCUACGGAAAAUCUCAAAACAAGGAAAAAAGGUUUAAAACCUGGAAGAAAGUACCGUAGCCAUGAGGAGGCCGCCUAUGGGAGCUGCCUGACUGCCCAACCAGCCUAUCCAGAGACUUGGAUCAGCUCAGAGCAUGAAAAAAAAAUCUUGCCAGUGAAAUCUCCUCCUGCACCUUCUCCUCCUCUUACUUCUCCUGAGGGGGACAAUGGCAGUACACAGAUACAUAAAGAUGGAGGUGGCAUUGCUGGUGCAACAGCAGCAGUUAUAUCCACAGUUUGCGUCUAUGUUAACAAGCAUGGGAACUCUGGACCUCACCUGGAUAAGAAGAAAGUUCAGCAGCUUCCAGACCACUUUGGACCAGGUCCUGUAAAUGUGGUACUUCAGCAGGCUGUGCAGGCCUGUGUAGACUGUGCCUAUUUAUCCAAAACUGUCUUUGGAUUUCUCAAGUCAGGGCAUCAUGGAGGGGAGAUGAUAACAGCCGCCUUUGAUGGGGAGAAACAUGCCAUCAAUCUUCCUUCCGUAAACAGUGCAUCAUUUGUCCUGCGUUUCUUGGAGAAGCUCUGCCACAGUCUGCAGUGUGAUAAUCUUUUUAGUAGCCAGCCCUUCAGCCCUUAUAUGGGAAGUGCACAUAGUCCUACAGAGUAUGAUAGGAACAAACCAGCAAAAGAGGAAAUAUCAGAAAACAGAAGUACUAAACGAUAUUCUCAGGAUUCUCCACCCUACACUGCCCCUCUCUCCCCUAAACUCCCCAGACCUGACGCUCACCCAUCUGAAGCAGAAACAUUGCCAACUGAAGAAAAUGGCACUCCCAAAGAACACCGAUUUUCUGAGGACUCUAUGGAUUCCGCACUCAAUUCAGUAAAUCCUUCAAGCCCAACCCGCCGAAAUUCCACUGAAUAUCGUAUCUCAGGGAGUGCAGCAUAUUACAGGAAUUCCCUUCAGCCAGUGACUGCUGCUUCAAACUCAGCCCCAAUCCUACACAGGCUGUCAUCAAGCGCUGCUGGGAACAGCAGUUACUAUGAAGUCAGUAGGAAUCGAAUGCAGAGGAGGAUUGAAGCUGCAAGUUCUACAACAGGUCCUGAUCUCAGUGCACUAAAAAGGGAACCCUCACGAGUACCAAAUAAGGAUCCUUCUACCUGGUCAAUAGAUGAAGUAAUGCGAUUUGUGAAAGAAGCUGAUCCUCAGGCAUUAGCACCCCAUGCAGAACUCUUCAGGAGACAUGAAAUUGAUGGAAAGGCACUACUGUUACUAAGGAGCGAUAUGAUAAUGAAAUAUAUGGGACUGAAGUUGGGGCCAGCAUUAAAGCUAUGCUACCAUAUUGAAAGACUUAAACAAGGAAAGUACUAGCCGGUGGAGACACAGUAAUGUACGUAUUCAUAUCAGACUUAAUUCUCAGGUUCACAGAAAUGUUCUUUAUUUAAGAAUAUUUUGUCAUUAUAAACUGUCUUCAGUUUGCAAAGUUUCCUCUCAAGUGAAAAGGACUGUUACAUCCUAGUAUUCUAAACUGUUUUAGAAACGUAACACAAAAAGCCAAUUGCUGUGUGUUUUUUAAAAAGCAAUGCUUUCAUGAGUACUAACUUCACACAGAGUGCUGAGAAAUCCAUUCUCUGCUACAGACUUCAAUUGACACAUUCACAUUCAGAACCAAAACAGCUUAAUCCCAAAGGAGAAAAACAGAAUCAGGUGUUUGAUAACUUUUACAGGGGUGGCUGUAAAACUUUACAUUAUAAGAAAAUUUUAAAGAAGCAACAGUAGACUUCAUCUCUUUAGUGAAUACGCUUUGUCUGGUGCUCCAGAAAAGUAAUAUUCAUCUAAAUUAUGCUAUACAGAUUUCCAUAAAGGGAAUAGCCAUAUGAAUUGUUUGAGUUGUGUGUUUUUAAUACAAUUAUAAGCUUUUAUAAAGUGUGGUUAACAGUUCUCUGGUGAAUUAUGAGGACAAAUGUACAGUAUGUUGUCAAUUUAUGCAAGGGGGCAUUUUCUUGGCCAUUUUAAACAGCCAACUGUUCUGGGGUGAACAGACUUCCAAAUUUCUGUGGAACAGAAGACCCGCAUUUUAAACAUUCCAUCUUUUUGCUGAACUUGGCAUGGAUAUUUGUAUUCAUGCUUAUGUGUAUAUAUAUGUGUGUGCGAGUGUGGUACAUACAUAUAUACUGUACAUAUGUAUUCAGUUUUUUAAAAAUGUGUUUAAAAUAUACUUUGCACUGUGACAGAGAUAAUGAGAAACUGUACAGUUCAAUUUUUUUUUACCAGUAAAUUUUUUGUGUACUUCUAUAUUCAUUAGCACCUGUCCACUUUGCUUUCCAUUCCUGGGGGGUAAGGAACAAUCAAUGGAUGGGUGGAUUCAUACAGGAGAGUGCCCUGUACUAUGCAAAACUCCCAGUUACUCAUUACUUAGCUCUGAGCCAUUUAUUCUGGUAUGGUUUCUGGAAAUACGCAUUUUGGUUCUGAUGUUUCUUGUUUUUUUACUUCUUUAAUUUAAAUAUUUCACUUGUCAUGAAGAAGUGGUACUCAUACUAAUAUUCUUAUUUUGCAUAAAACUUGGUGCUGUUUAUAUAAGCUACAGAAGUGAGUGUUGAUGAUAAAACAGCUUGCUAUCACUGCCAAUAAAAUAUACAUCAGGGACAAGAAAUGUACAUUUUCUGUGUAGGAAAUCGAAUGUACUGUAUGUAGUGCAAGUGAGAAUAAAGAACUAUUUACUAGGGAAGAUGUAGUCCUAAAAGGAUAGGUUUUAUUAUAUUUCUUAUUGUCUUUUUAUAUAUGAAAGCUUCUAGUAAAAAAUGUGUAUUUUUUACAAAUUUCUUGUUUGAAAAUGCCUUGCUUAUUGCUAGUUUAAUAUUCCUCAGGUUUUAGCAGAAAUACUGCAAAAUCAUAUUUUGUAGUUCUCAGAUUUCCAAGUAGUCAUUUAAAUAACUGCAACACAAUUUUAAUUUAGAAGUUCAUUUGUCUUUGAGGAUUGUUUUGUUCUGCUAUCACAAAACAUUUGACACUAAGGGUUAUGUGGUUUGGUUUACUUUACAUAUCCUUUGUCCACAUGUGUGUUUAGAUGAACAGCACACACAUGCCUGCUUUAUAUCUAGAAAAGGGCAAAACAAUGAUGGAGAAAUAUCUAGUAUAUUGGAUAUAUAUUGCUUAUGCCACACUUCAUCAAUAUGUUAAGCAUUAUGCUGACUUUUUAAUGUGAAUGAGAAACAACACUCAUAAAAUUGCAUUGGAAGUAAUUUGGUCUGAAACUAUAUUAUUGCAUUGUCCAAAUUGUUGGUAUAAAUAAAAUUAAGAUGUUUAUGUUGUCUGUUUUCUACAACAUCCACAUAGAACAAUGAGGUUGUAGCCUCUUUUUCAUAUACUCCAUGGCAGUGGUAUAAUAUUUGUACAAAGUUUGUGUGCACAUAUGUGCACAUGAAAAGCUAGAAUGUCAUAGUACUAGAGUUUCACAUUGUAUUAUAGCAUGAGAUCCAAGCCGUGUAACAGAAUAUAUUUUUAAUUGUUUAUUUUCAACUGGAUGUUCUUAUCUAAAAUAAUUUAAAAAAAAAUUUCAGUGUUAUAAUUGUCCAUUUUGUUUGACAUUGUAGAUAUACUCCUGCUUCAGCUAAAGUUUGUGCAGACAUCAUAGUUUGCUAUAUUA